AUGAAAAGUAACUCGGACCAACUCACCGAGCCAUUAAGCCUCUCAGCCACCGAGUCUCAAAAGGCCUGGUAUAUUUUUUCUCUGAUAGUCUCGAUCGGUAAGCCCACCCCUCUCCCGGACCUCGCUUCCCGGUGCACUCUCUUUUCGACAAGCCCCGCUAUUAUAUCCUCGCUUUGUUCCAUCUCAAACUCUCCGAUUACACUCUCGAACGACAAACAUCUCGUUGCUAUCUCUUCGAUUGGCCUUUCGUAUUUCGCCGCUUACUUAGCUCGAAACUACACUGUUGCCGAUGCUUUCACUUCGCUGCCGAAUCGGUUCGGUAGUUCCCCGAAUAUAUGGCUUCGCAAGAGGAAUCGAUAUGCUGCGAAUUUUUCUGAGGAUGACGAGGAAAAGAAGUUGAUUCCCUCGGUUAAGAGAAUCCGGAAUUAUUGUACGAAGGUGUGCUAUUAUUUAACUGAUGAUAUCGGUAGAAUGAGUAGUCCUAUGGUCUUGGUAAAGAACACUGAGCUGAACUCCUGUUUGGUAGCUGAAUCUAGUGCUAGACAAUUAAGCUGUAAAGUGGAGGGCAUUGAAAAAGUAGAAAGCAAGGUGCACGGGCAAGACUAUAUGCUAGGAAAUGUCGGUAAAGAAUUAGUUGCCAGUGAGCCAAUUGUAGAACCGAUGUUUCUGAAUAGAGAACCAGUUCGUGACAUAGAAACCACGGCUGUUAAACACAAUGGUACAGACUCUCCAGAGUUUUCUGAGAAGAACAAUAUGUCAGUGGAAUUGGGUGGAAAAUUUUAUGCGGAUUUUACCGCCACAAGUUUUAGAAUUGCAGACAAUGAAAUGGUUAUGGAGGAUGGUAAGAAAGAGGAUAAACUUGACUUGACAAGUAGAAGACAAGUAGUUGAAGAUCUUUCUGCUCCCUUUAACAUUAAUCUUUCCGUUAUGCAUUCUGAUACUGAAGAGCCAGAUCCUUCUGCAAAAGCAAAGACUAAUCAGAGGCAUGUGGUACCUCCAGUAUUGCAGACUCCCAACAAGUCUUUAGGGGAUACCAAAGUUGUCUGUACUUACAAAAGGAGGAGGCAUGGUGUAAAAGAUAUUGUAUCAGUCCGUACUGUGCAGAAAUCAAUUCAGAACCCUAAGGAUAUAUCCGUUAAAGAGAGAAAGGGAAACUCUACAUUCAUUUCUUUUCAAGACCAGGCGAAGCCAAAAGUAUUACCUGAGUUUGAAUCUUAUAUUGUAGAAGAGGAAGAAGGGUCAGGUGGUUAUGGCACUGUGUAUAGGGCUCGAAGGAAGAAUGACGGGGCUUUAGUUGCCCUUAAAUGUCCUCAUGCCAAUGCUCAUAAGAACUAUGUUAACAAUGAGAUGAACAUGCUGGAGCGUUUUGGGGGCAGAAACUUUAUAAUACGAUAUGAAGGAUGCAUUAGGAGUGAGAAUUCUGAUUGCUUUGUUCUGCAGUAUGUUGAGCAUGAUAGACCUGAGGUGCUGAAAAAAGAGAUUGAUGUUUUUCAGUUAAAGUGGUAUGCUUUUUGCUUGUUCAAGGCUCUUGCAAAUCUUCAUAAACAGGGAGUAAUUCAUAGAGAUGUUAAACCAGGAAACUUUCUUUUCUCUCGUAAGACCAACAAAGGUUAUCUUAUUGAUUUCAAUCUUGCAAUGGAAAUGCAGCAAAAGUACAGUAGUACAGACAAAUCAAAGUUGGGAUAUGAUGUAAGUUAUCAUCGUAAUAACGUGCCUGCCAAAGCCAUUCAUCUGACAGAUAGCAGCAAAUCUUUAAAGAUCAAAUCAAGGGAGGAAAUCAAUGUUGAGGCAACAAAAGGCUCCAGGUUAACUUUAGAGCCUAAGAACAUGAGGAAGACAACAGUCCAAAGAAAGGCUCCUCACAAUGACUUGAGCAGUUGGAAUAAAAUAAACAGUCAGGGUGCAGAAGGUUCGGGCAUUACCUCAGCAAAGGAUGCGAGUGCAAGGACUCCUUCAGCAGAAAGACUCAGAGAACCUUUGCCAUGCCAUGGUAGGAAAGAACUCAUCAGCCUGGCACAGGAAGCAAUGCAGACCCCAAAACCUGGAGUGUCUCAUGUUCCUGCUCCCAUGAGAAAACGAGUUGCUGCUUCUUCUGGAAUAAUGAAUAGACAGGUUCUCCAUCCUACUCCAAUGCCUUUGAACUCAACUAGCCUUGCGAUAUCUGGAGUUGGGUUAUCCAAGAACAAGAGGGAAGGAAAGCAUAAGAGAGAAGGUCCUUGUGCUGGAACAAAAGGCUUCCGAGCUCCAGAGGUCUUAUUCAGAUCUCAACAUCAAGGUCCAAAGAUUGAUGUCUGGUCUGCUGGGGUCACACUACUCUACCUAAUGAUCGGGAAAUCACCCUUCAUCGGUGAUCCUGAACAGAAUAUUAAGGAUAUUGCAAAAUUGAGAGGCAGUGAAGAUCUUUGGGAAGUAGCCAAGUUACAUAAUCGUGAAUCCUCUUUUCCUGAGGAGCUUUAUGGCAAGCAGUCUUUAACAUCCAUGAACUUAAGAGAGUGGUGUCAAAUGAAUACGAAGAGACGAGUCUUCCAUUCGGAGAUACCGGACUCUCUUUAUGAUCUCGUAGACAAGUGCUUAACGGUGAACCCGAGGUUAAGGAUUACAGCAGAGGAUGGUCUUAAGCAUGAAUUCUUGGCUUCAAUACAUGAAAACCUAAGGAAGCAAAGGGCGUUCAAGCAAGGGAAUCAGCCUGGACCAUGAGACAUCCAACGAUCUUUUGCUGGGAGAAAGGAUCACUAACUCAAUAACUCCAUUUUUUGAAGGUU